AUGCAAAUAUAAGAUGGAAACAAUCUGUUGCUUAACCUUUCCAAUGGUCCAAUAGACAACAGUAGAAGGUCCUGCACAAAUGUAUUUUGUACCGUCCUCUAUUCUGCCAUAUUAUUGAGUAUCUUGGGAAUUGGAUUGUACAUGAAUCAAAGCGGAAAUUUAUUAUUGAUAGACAGAGGAUAUGACCCUGAUCGUAAAUAGAAACAAAUAUGAUAAAGAUAGACCAUGUGGAAUAGACACAUUGAGAGAUUAUCCAUUCAUCUAUUUCACUACUCUCAAUAGCGAUUUCUUAUGGAAGACUGUCUGUGUUUAAGAAUGUCCAAGUGUAACAGUUCCAAAACACAAACACUUGUAGUACAAUCCUCCAACUACCACUACUGUUCCAACCACAACUACUACACCCAUUGGAACUACUCCAAAUUCAUAACUAAAAUGUGCUGUCAAUUCUAUAGUAACCUCCUGUAGUUAAGCCACAUUAUACAACAGCAUUAAAUGUAUAUAUAAAAUAUAUAUAUAUAGUUGAUUAAAGAGUCUGCAUUCCCACAGAUCCAGAGUAAUUUAAGAUAGUUUAGGAAGCAUUGAAAAUGGGGUUCUUGCAUCAAAUGAUUUCUGAUAUCAGUGGAGCCAAGUAUACCUUAUUCAUAUUCAUUGUAUUGGGAAUCUGUUUUACUUUGUCAUUCACUUACCUACUGAAAUGGUGCAGCAAAACUGUAAUUUGGUUCAUCAUCUUUAUAAUCGUUGUGUUGUCUAUCUUCUUUGGCUAUUAUAGUUAUUUAUAAUAUAAGGCAGCGUAAUAAAUAUAUCUAUCCAAAUAGAUCAAGUAUGACUAUAGGUUUAUCACCUACUGGAUAUCUAUUCUAAGCGGUAAUUUGGUGGUGUUUUGGAUUGGGUACUAUAAUCUUGACAAUUUGUUUUUACAAAAGAAUCAAUCUAGCCAUUGCCAUCAUCAAGUCAGCUUCUGAUUUUGUCACUAAAAAUGUCAGUAUUGUCAUUGUUCCUGUAUUCUCAACUAUUGCCACUCUUAUUUUAACUGUUAUUUUUAUCUACAUAGCAUUGUAAUUAAACUACUAAAAUUAGAAUCAUAUGUUCAACUGGUACACCUGGAGAUAAACAAUAGUAAUGGCCAUUUGGAUAAUUGAAAUACACAUUACUUGAAUAUUUUAGUGGAUUCUAUUUGUUGUUUGCCACUUUUUGGACAUAUGCAUUAAUUAUUGGAGUCAAUAGCUUUAUCAUAGCAGGUUCAGUGUGUGUAUGGUAUUGGCAACAAGGAAAGAGUGGUUAGGAACAUGUAUAACCACUCAAUUCAUCCUGGAAAAGAUGUUUUGUCUAUCAUUUUGGUUCAAUAGUACUUGGAGCCUUAUUAUUGGGAUUAAUCUCAAUAUUUAGAUCCUUCUUCGAAUAUCUAUAUGUAUUUAAUAUUCAAUUGAUCACUAUAGAGAAAUGCUGAAUAUAUGAGGAACACAGAUGGCUGUCAAUUCUGUUUCAAGUGUUGUGCAUGUUGCAUAUGGUGUUUCGAAAGGUUUUUACAAUAUCUGAAUCAGAAUAUCUAUGUCUAAAUUAACAUGACUGGGGAUGGCUUCUUCCAUGCUGCCAAAAAAGGUCUAGAUAUUAUGUCAAAUAAUCCAUCAAUUGUUAUGUAGGUUGUAGGUUUGGGAGAUUUAAUAAACAAUAUUGCAAGAAUCAUGAUAACAUUAUCAAUCUCUAUGUUCUUUUUUAGAUCUAUUUCAGAAUUACCUCAAUUGUUAUUUGGAGGCAUUGUCAUUAAUCCAUAUAAUCCAACUUUAUUAUUGGCAAUCAUUAUUUUUGUUAUUGCCACUGUCUUUACAAACAUAUUUGGAGUUGCCAUUGAAAGCAUACUCCAUUUAUAUUGUGUUGAUUAAGAAAUAGCCAGGGCCAAAUCGGGUUCAGAAGAUGCUGAAAUGUGUCCUGCGGUAUUUUUGAUUACAUAUUAUUUAAUAGGCUUUAAGAGAAUUUUUAAAUGACAAGGUAUUUACAUAAUAAAAAUGA